AUGGGAAAAGAGGAGCAAGAAAACUUCCAAGAAUUCUACACAAAGUGGAUAGGAGAGCAGCGGCAAGAGCUGGGGCGCCUCCUCCUGGCUUCCAAAUCCUCCCAUUCCCAAACCGACUCGCCGCUUCCGCUCUUAGUCUCCCGCUGUGUCGCGCACUACGAAAAAUACUACAAAACCAAAUCCAAAUGCGCCAAGACCGACGCCCUCCUCCUCCUCUCGCCGCCCUGGAUCAGCCAGCUCGAGGACGCCUUCAUCUGGGUCGGCGGCUGGCGCCCCACCGCCGCCUUCCACCUCCUCUACUCCAAGUCCGGCCUCCAGCUCGAGGCCAAGUUCUCCGGCGUCGGCGCUUUCGGCGUCGGCCCCCUUGAUCUGAGCGAUCUGACGGCGGAGCAGCUGGGGCUCAUCGACAAGCUGCAGCGGAGCACGGUGGCGGAGGAGCGGAGGAUAUCGGAGAAGGUGGCGAAGCAGCAGGAGAGUGUGGCGGAUGCGGAGAUGGUGGAGCUGAGUCAGACCAGCCGAGCGGAGGACGACGGCGAGGGCAUUAUCGGAAGGAGGAUUAAAUCAGCUAUUAGAGUCAAGGAGGAAGGCUUCCAGAAGGUUCUACAGAGUGCGGAUGAUCUCCGCCUCGGAACACUCAAGGCCGUCGUCGGCAUCCUCUCGCCCAUCCAGGCCGUCCAUUUCUUGAUCGCCGCGGGGGAGCUGCAUCUCAGCCUGCAUGAGUGGGGGAGAGACAAAGACGAGAGAGACACCAUGCAACAAUCUACUUGAGAGGAUCCCCAUUUUCCCUUCCUGCUUUUCGUUUACUUUAGUGGCGUCUGUUUCAGCGUUUUUACUCUCUUAUUUGUAGUCUGUAACUAAUGUUUGAAUGUAAAAUUCAAGCAAUAAAUGUAUUAUUUAUUU